UUUUGGAGCUCGUAAAUAGCAUGCAGCUUAUGACUAGCUACAUCCAAUAUUUAAUUCUGGCCCCAGUUCCAGACAGACCUAACUCGAGAGACAUUUCCUGCGUACUCCGACGGAAAACACCGUGCUUAAAUACAGCCAAAUACACUGUACUGUUUAUCUAGAUCAUAUUGCAACAUCGUCAAGCGACUCCACAAUUGCAGCAGCCGAAGAAGAAUAGUCAUAAGGCCGUCAAACGUUCCUCCCAUACUAUUUUCCUUCUCAUCAUAUUUUACUCAAAUAUCCAUCUAACCUCUGCCUACUCUCCACAAUAUCAACUAUCCUGUAUUGUAGUCAAGCAAGUGGUUUAAAAAGAAGACUGUUUUGUUCGUGCUCGUGCUAAACGUCAACCGAAAUAAUGGCACCUACCCAACAACCACCGGAAAUCAGGGUCAACGACCUGACGUACACCUUCCCGGACUACCGGACCGGCAUCAGCGGGAUAUCGCUGAGCGUGCCGCCGCGCAGCCGGACGCUGCUGAUCGGGGCCAACGGCGCGGGCAAGACGACGCUCCUGCGGCUGCUGGCGGGGAAGCGGCUCGCCCCCGGCGGCAGCAUCAGCGUGUCGGGGGUGGACCCGUUCAAGGAAGGGCUCGAGGGCGUGACGUACCUGGGGCUGGAGUGGGUGCUGAACCCGAUCGUGCGGACGGACAUCGGGGUAUCGGAGCUGCUGCGGUCCGUCGGGGGCGACGCGUACCCGGACCGCCGGGACGAGCUGCUCGGCGUGCUGGACAUCGACAUCGCGUGGCGGAUGCACGCGGUCAGCGACGGCGAGCGGCGCCGCGUGCAGCUGGCCAUGGGCCUCGUGCGGCCCUGGACCGUGCUGCUGCUCGACGAGAUCACCGUCGACCUGGACGUGCUGAGCCGCGCCGAGUUCCUCGGCUGGCUGAAGCGCGAGACCGAGAUCCGCGAGUGCACCAUCGUCUACGCCACCCACAUCCUCGACAACCUCGCCGGCUGGCCCACCCACCUCGUCCACAUGCACCUGGGCACCGUGCGCGAGUGGGGCCCCGCCGAGAAGUUCCUCGGGGCGUACGCCGGCGAGAGCACCGGGAACAGUCGCCUGGGCGAGCUGGUGCUCGGGUGGCUUAGGACGGACCUGAAGGAUCGCGGGCCGAGGAAUCAGAAGAAGAUGGGGACGGAGGGGUUGACGUAUUCGCAAGGGGGUCUCGGUGGGUAUGGGCUCGAGGAUAGCGGGAAGAAAUAGAUGGGCACCUCCUUACCUUAGGUACCUAGGUACCCAAGGUACUUAUAAUAUGACCUAGAUAUUGGGAGAAAUAUGUGUGUAUGGCUAAGGGGUGGAUGCACUUAACUUGCAUGAUACGGCGCAUUUUCGACAUUAAAGACGAUGACGAGCGCAAGUGGACUCGAGGGGUAUUUGUGACACUGGUAGGGGCGUUUCGGAAUGGAUUGGAACGAAGUCAUUGAGCUGGCAUAAGGAACAGAGACCG